AUGAGCAACCCUUUAGCAGGGCCCUCAUCAAAAGCGAAAGCGGGAUCUUCCCAGCCAUCUGAAGCUUCCUUUAAGCGCAAGCGUGGAAUGUUUCAGAAAGAUUUGCAGCACAUGAUGUACGGCUUCGGGGAUGAUCCAAAUCCGCUUCCCGAAACUGUGGCUCUUGUGGAAGACAUUGUUGUGGAGUACGUCACAGACAUGGUCCACAAAGCUCAGAAUAUAGCAUCUAAGAGAGGGAAGCUUCUAACUGAAGACUUUUUGUUUUUAAUCCGAAAGGACCCGCCCAAGCUUAAUAGGUGUACAGAGUUGUUGUCUAUGAAUGAAGAGUUGAAACAAGCAAGAAAAGCCUUUGAGGUUGACGAAGACAAAUUGCAAUCUGGUGAUUAG